AUGAUGACCCAAGAUCUGCUGGUCAAAACCAUAAUCUGUGUCUUUCUAAUGGGCUGUCUUAUGCAAAGUCAGACUCUGGCCUUUAAGUUAGAUUUUAUAUUUUCUGAAAAAGAUCCUCUAUCCAAAAGCCACCAGAACAUAACUCGAGAUGCAAUAUUACAGACAACAGUAGAAGUCUGCGAAUUUCAGGCACUUAAGAUAGGAAAAGAUUUUGUGAAGCCAAACAUACUGACAGAAGAAUCGGUUGCAGAAGCUUGUUUUUCUUCUAAUUCAGUCAAAAGUUUCAAAAGCAGCAUUGAGGAAAUCAGUGACAAAAAUGCCUGGAUUGACAUAAAGCAUCCCUUGAGUGCUAAACACCACUUUGAUGAAGAAAUGUUUUUGCCUGGAAGAGAACUCAUCUCUAGGGGAGUAUCUGCUGCUAAAGCAAGUGUUAAGAAGCAGAGUUAUGAAACUGCCAGAGAGAAGAUUGGUAAAGUCUUACACACAUUGCAGGAUUUCUACAGUCAUAGUAACUGGAUUGAAAUGGGAAUGAGAGAACCUUAUUCCAACCUGAUCAUACCCGACAGCACAAUUAUCAGUGUAGAUCAAGAAACACCAACAUGCAGGAGUUGUAAUGGCAACAAUUGCACAGGAAAUAUUCUGGAAGAGAUUCUCACACAGAAGAAGCUAACCUCAGGAUACUUCAGCAUGUUUAGCUUGGAGAAACCGAAAGGGAAGUGCAGUCAUGGAGAUUCUUGGGACAUGACAAGUAGCACGGAGCCCACGGGAGGUAUCAAUAAAGAUACUAGAAACUCCAGUCAUGGUUAUCUACAUAACAUUGCAGCGGACGUAGCCACUGCAGCAACCAAGCAACUGCUGUUAAAUAUCCGAGCAUCAGUCGGGGAUUCAGAGUUUCUCAGACUGAUGGGACUCACCCACAAUAUGGUGCUGUGUUUUGUUAUUGACACCACUGGUAGCAUGUCUAAUGAAAUCGAAGCAGUCAAGUUUGUUUCUUCGUUAAUCAUUGAUAUCAAGACAAUGCUAGCAGCUGAGCCGUCAGAAUAUAUUCUGGUACCAUUUAAUGACCCUGAUUUUGGCCCACUUAUAAGAACAACAGACCCUGAUCUGUUUAAAAAACAUCUUAAUGCACUUUCAGCUCAUGGUGGAGGAGAUACACCUGAGAUGUGUCUCUCAGGACUGCAGCUUGCCCUUACUGGAUCUCCACCACAGACUGAGAUUUUUGUAUUUACGGAUGCUACAGCAAAAGAUUACUUGUUAAAAAGCACAAUUUUAGCCCUCAUUCAAAGAACAAAGUCUGUUGUGAACUUCAUGCUGACUAACACCCUCGCUCGGCGGCGCCGUAGCAAUAAUGAGCCUGUAAAUGGCCAAAACCAGUUCUCCAGUCGAAGUUCCAUUUCAACAAUGCAAAUCUACCAUGAACUGGCUCAGGCCUCUGGGGGGCAGGCUAUUGUGGUCUCCAAAGGAAAUCUGCCCCAGGCCACUAGCAUCAUAACAGAUACAUCAAGAUCUUCACUGGUCACUAUUUUCCAGGCUGUAAGAAACGUACCAAAACCUGAAAACUUCACAUUCGUGGUGGAUUCUUCUUUGCAAAACCUGACUAUUUACAUUACAGGCCAAAAUCCAUUCUACACCAUCACCAACCCCUCAGGGGUCUCACAGAGCAGUGCUGAAUCAAACGGAUCUUUGGGGAUUAUUGAGAAAGUGGGUAAUUUUCACACAAUCCGUCCAAAUAUUUCAGCGCAGACUGCUGGACUGUGGCUCAUCAACACAACGUCAACGUAUCCCUAUACCAUCAAAGUAGUUGGUCAAAGCAAGGUUGAUUUCCUGUUUGAUGUUGUAGAGGUUUUUCAAGGUCCCCAUCCAGGUUAUACUGUGUUAAAAAGCAGACCUGCAGCUAACAACAAUGUCACCCUGCUUGUCUCCAUGCUUGGUGGUGACAGUGUAAGGCCAACCGAGGUAGCUCUGGUUGAAGUAUCAAGUUCACACUUUGUUACUGGAACUCUGGAAAAACUAUCCAGUGGGCAAUACUUGGCAACCAUUAACAGCAUCCCUUCAGGAGAGUUUACUGUUCGUGUGGUUGGAGAAACCAAUUCCUCUAGAUCAACAAGUAACCGCUUCCAGAGACAAUCCUCUACUCAGUUUCAAGCAUCAAAUGUGACCAUUACUACGGAACCUGAUGGUACAAUGGAACCCGGAAAAGCAUUCACGCUGCCUUUUACAGUGGCAACCAGUGGCUCUAAAGGAAUUUAUCAGAUUAGAGUCACUACUGACCGCAGUUUUGCAGUAGAUUUCCCCUCGUCUCUGUCUCUUGAGAGUGGUGGCAGUGGAAAUGGGACAGUAACUUUGACCGCUCCUGAAAGCACCCCCUCAGGAACUGAUGUUACUGUCACUAUUGAAGCUGAAGCACCUGAAGGAACUGACUCCAACUACGCUGUGCUGCGACUUGCUGUUAUAGCUCCGGUAACAGAUUUUACAUCUCCAGUAUGUAAAAUAGUUAGCGUAAAUGCUAACUGCUCAGGUAACUGCACCUUCUCCUCAUGGAACCUCUCUGCCAACAUGUCUGAUAUAAAUGGGACUGGAAUUCAAGCUGUAAGAGUCCUCAAGGGAAACGGGACCCUGAACACCAGCACUGCACUUGAUAAUGGAGACGUAAAUAUCACACUGGUAGACUACAGCGCCUCUUGUUGUUUCCCAGAGGUAGAACUGGUUGCUGUGGAUUCAGUGGGAAAUGCUGGCACCUGCUUCAUGUCAGUAAAAGCUACAGUUAAUCAAACCACCAGUGUUCCACCAACCACCCAAAACAACAGUGCACAACGCUGCUGGUUCCUGCCACUCGGCAUGUGGGUAAAUGUAGGAGUCCUGGUUCUUUACCAAUAUUUGCAAUAUUAA